AUGGCGGGGGAAGAAAAAAGAAGCUGUGAACAAGAAGAACUUGAAAAUACAGUAAAUAAAAAACAGUUGCAAGACGAGGAGGAUGAAGAAUUAAAAGCUGAUAAAGGAAAGAAACGAAAACUGAGCAAGGAAGACAAGAAAAAUGCCAAGGAAAAAAAGGUUAAAGUUACAGCGAGGAAAAAGCCAGGUUUUGACGUAGAAUUGUAUAAUGAAACGUCUUACUUCGUUAGAAACGGUCUUCGGUACGUAACUCCAUAUCAUUUCACAUUUACCACACACUGUAAAGGUCGUUGGGUUGGUAGGCAAUUAUUUGAGGUUUUUAAAGACGAAUUCAGAUCAGAACCACCAGAAUACUAUGAAAAAGCAAUUAAAACAGGAAAAAUAACAGUAAAUGGUGAAACAGCAACUUUAGACACUAUUCUGAAGGACAAUGAAAUAGUCUGUAACAAGGUUCAUCGACAUGAACCUCCAGUGACAGCAGAACCCCUUGAGAUAAUAGAAUCCAAUGAAGAUGUAGUUGUCAUUAAUAAGCCUUCGUCAAUACCAGUACAUCCUUGUGGUCGAUACAGACAUAAUACUGUUGUAUUUCUUCUUGGUAAAGAAUAUGGUCUCACUAAUCUUUAUACUGUACACAGGAUUGAUCGACUGACUUCUGGAAUCUUGAUAUUUGCAAAGACUUUAAAGAAGGCACAAGAGCUUGAGGAGCAGGUCAGGGAGAGGCGAAUCCGAAAGGAAUAUGUUUGUCGUGUUCAAGGUGACUUUCCAAGUGAGCCAAUAGACUGCGAGCAGCCCAUCCUAGUGGUGUCUCACAAGAUAGGUGUGUGUAGAGUCAGUCCCAAUGGCAAGACUUGUAGAACUGUAUUCACCAAGCUACAUGGAAAUGGCAAGUCAAGCGUUGUUCAAUGUAUCCCUUACACUGGUCGUAUGCAUCAAAUACGAGUCCAUCUACAAUGGUUAGGGUAUCCUAUCAUAGAUGACCCCAUCUAUAACAGCCCAGUAUGGGGUACUAACAGGGGGAAGGGUGGAGUCACAGAUGAUCAGGCAUUAAAGGUCAUUCAAGCGUUAGCUGAGUCUACCACGAUCAUGGACACAGAUAUCACAGAAAAUAGAAAUAAGAGUGAAAAUCUUAUGGAAAAUAUGGCACACAGCUCGGUAGAAGACCAUUCAGAAGAUGAGAAAAGUGUUGGUCGUAUGGAGAAGAGUUUGUAUGUUAAAGAUGGAGACUGCAGCGAAUGUCGAAUACAACGAAGAGAUCCUACGCCUGAAGAACUAACGAUGUGCUUACACGCUAUCUCGUACAAGGGUCCAGACUGGGAAUACCAAACAAAACAGCCACCCUGGGUUGCACAAGACUGCAAACAUUAUGACUGAGUUUCAUGUAAGGAAUAGGGAAUAGCUGCAACCAUCCACAAAUGUUUUAGUCUUCCUGCAGAUCUUUUUCAUCUCCUUUUCCUUUUCUCUCCUUGUUGUUUUCCUCCUCUUUCUCCUCCUAGAACAUAUGGUGCAAAGGAACAUUACUUUCCUUGUAUUUCUACGAGAAAGGGAAUUGGUUUUUACAAAAUGAAAAUAAAAUAUUUUUAAAUUUCCCCCACGAAAUCCUUUAUCGUCCACCCCAAAAUAAAGGAAAGAUUUCAGAUUUCAGAUAUCCGACCGACAACGUUUUUUGAAAUAGGUGUAUACAUCCCCCCCCUUUGGAUUAUAGAGUAGCUUACAUGGCGCAAGUAUCGAAAACAGAAAGAAAAUAUGUUCUUACAUAGUGUUACGCUUCCAGUCUUCUUGCCUCGGUUCUCGGUCUUUCAUUCUUAUUGCUGCAGUUCUGGAUAAUAUCUGUCAUAGUUGUAUUCUUUGUCAGACGCCUCUACGAAGUGUUACAUUUCCUAUCUUCUUGACUCUUAUUUUCUCUUUUGUUUCGUACUUUACUUGUAUUUACGCUUUUUCUCAUCACAUUGUGCAUGUGGGGUGUGGCACAGCCCCGGGGGGGGGGAGGGGCAUAUAUGUGCGGAAGGGCGGGGAUGCUUGUCGUAUCUUUUAGGUGUUAAUUUUCGCUUUUUUGGGUACCUUUUAGGGUGCUUUAAUGAAAAGCUAAUUAAAAUGCUAUAAAAUUACGUCAUUUAGUUCCAAUUAGGGAUGAGGGCAAAACAAUUGUCGCCUCACGGGACCCGAUUUAAGGGGGAGGGGUGGUGUUACCGGUACCCACCAUCCCUGGAAGUGAAAUCUUAGAUUUUGUCCCCAAAUAUCUCCAAAACUAAAAGCCGAAUCACGCAAAUGAAUGGACUGUCUGUCUGCAUGUAUGCUAAAAAACAUAUUUGUGUAUAGAAAUUGCCACUACAGACCCCCAGUAUCGAGCAUUUGAACAGGUCUCUGAGGGGGGAGGGGGUAUGUACCGGUACCCACCACCUUAAUUCAUAAAAUCGGGUCCCUAUUUUGAAACAUUGUCUUGACCUCGUUCCUUAGGGGCGAAACCUGCCACUAAUAUGACUACUAGAAAGAAGUUGUUUGUAUCUUUUAGGAGUCAUUUUCAAAAAUUCCAACGAGCAUUCCCGCCCUUCUAUAUAUGGAUCCCCCCCUGGUAUCUAAUGUCGCUGUUUACAUACUCUUAGAGCGACAUUAGAUACCAUAGGGGAAUUAUAUACAAAAACAAAGGCGCGCGCGAAAUAAAAUGUUCUAGUACAUUUGUUAUCGAUUGUAAUUCAUUUUCUACUGCAAGAAUGGUUAUUAAAGAUUAUUAUUAUUAUUA